AUGGCUGGACUUAGUGCUGGGUAUGAUUUAUCCGUGUCAACAUUUUCUCCAGAUGGUCGCUUGUACCAAGUUGAAUAUAUUUACAAAUCAAUAAAUAAUAACAACACAGCUUUAUGUUUAGAAUGUAAGGAUGGAAUAAUAUGUUGUUGUAUAAAUUCAAAUAUGGAUAAAAAUAAGAUGAUUAAAAAAAAUAGUUAUAAUAGAAUAUAUCAUGUCAAUAAUAAUAUUAUAAUAACAUAUUCUGGGUUUGAUGGAGAUGCAAGAAAUAUAAUAGAUAGAGCAAGAAGUGAAGCAAAUAGUUAUUAUUAUAAUUUCCAUACAAACAUACCAUUACAUAUUUUAGUAAACAGAAUUUCUUUAUAUAUCCAUGCUUAUACAUUAUAUUGGCACAUGAGACCUUUUGCAGCUUCCAUAAUUAUAAGUUCUUUUAACGAAAAGGAUAAAGGAGAUAUUUAUUGUAUUGAACCAAACGGAGCGUGCUAUAAAUACUCAGGCAUAGUUAUUGGUAAGAACAAAGAAAUGUUUAAAACCGAAAUUGAAAAGAAGGAUUAUAAAGACAUUAAUGUAAGAGAUGCUAUCGAAGAUAUUUAUAAAUUUAUAUUAACUAGUGAUGAUCAUAUGAAUAAAAAUAACUUACAAAAUUUAGUUAAUUUUUCAUGGAUAUGUAAAGAAUCUUCAUAUGAAUUUCAAAACAUCCAUGAACAAAUUUUAACACCUGCUCUUAAUAAAGCAGUUGAAUAUAUAGAACAAUUAAACUAG